UUUGAUCCAAACAAAUUGGAUAAUCGCAAUCUCUGAUAUAUAAUAUAACAUGUUUAUUAAUAAUUAUAAUACGUAAAAGAUGUAUUUGAUAAUAAAUUAAAUGAAAGAGGUGUACUACGAGAAAUAGUGAAGGAAAAAGUAUAAUAAUCGCUUGUUAAAUUUAAACUGAUAUGUAUUUAAACUGGUCGUUUUAAAAGAAUCUCCAUGAUGAAAGUAUCCUACACUUUUUCUUCCCUCAGUAGAAAAGAAAAAAAAGACUCAAGUUAAAAAAUAAGAAAUAACUUGAAAAAAUAUUCUUUUUCUCUUAAAGUUGUAGAAUUUCCAGUCAUUGUUUACAUGCUCGAUUAGGAGAGACCAGUUUAGGCUAAUAUUUUAUUUUUAUACAAAAAAAUAUCAAUCUCGCAGGUUAAUCAUUUUCAAAUCAAAUUUUUCACUUUCGCGUCCUUUCAACAAACUUAAUGUUCAUUUUGUAACAUUUGUCUUGUUAGCAUAAAGUGCAUCAUGCACAUGCAUGUGUACAUAAAUAGAUAUGUAAAUAGUUGCAGUCAUCUUUUUAAUAAAUAAUUAAUAUGAUUAAUAUGAAAAUGAUUAGUAUAUACGGAGUAUAUUUUAAUAUGAGUACGAGAAACGGGAAGAGGAAGACAAAUAGCAUCAAAGGAGGAGAGUACAUAGCAAAGUUACAUUAGCAAAAAGAAAAAAAAAAGAUCGAAGGACGGACACGACAACGAGGAUGAUGAUGACGACGAUGAGGGGGAUCUCACAAAGUGAGUAAAGUGAACGAGUGAGUCUCUUCGUUGUCAACGUUGACAACUGGGAGAGGCAGAGGGUCGACGAACUAGCCAAUCGUGCGAAGAGAGCCCCGUGCACCUGAAUUCUAAUGAGGCCCACCUGGGUAUAUAUGAGCUGUUAGCCACGGUUUCGAGCACGAUUUUUCUUCGACCGGUGUCCGGUCACCACAAAGCUUUGAAAAUGAAGUUCUCCGCUAUGAAACUCUUGUUUUCCCUUCCCCUUUUGUUUGCGUAUUUGGCUUGCACAUCAGCCGACCAGAACGCCAGAAUUGUCUGUUACUUCAGCAAUUGGGCAAUUUAUCGACCUGGCGUUGGUAGUUACGGUAUCAACGACAUACCGGCAGAAUUAUGCACACACGUGAUAUAUUCCUUCAUCGGUGUAAGCAAUGUCACCUGGGAAGUACUCGUCUUGGACGAAGAACUCGACGUUCAAAAGGGUGGCUUCAAGAACUUCACCCAACUCAGACUAAAGUAUCCUCAUUUGAAAACUGAAGUUGCUGUCGGAGGUUGGGGAGAGGGUGGUAAGAAGUAUAGCAACCUCGUUACGGUGAAACAACGCAGAGAUACUUUUAUCAAAAGUGUCGUUGAAUUUAUGUACAAAUAUGAGUUCGAUGGUUUCGAUCUCGAUUGGGAAUACCCAGGUGCCUCAGACAGAGGUGGCAAGUUUUCCGACAGAAAUAAUUUCUUUUAUUUCGUUGAAGAACUUAAACGUGCAUUUGAUAAAGAAGGUAAAGGCUGGGAAAUCACUAUGGCCGUACCUAUGGCUAAAUUCCGUCUCGACGAAGGUUACCACGUUCCCGAAUUCUGCAAGUAUUUAGACGCUAUUCAUGUUAUGUCUUAUGAUCUUCGUGGAAACUGGGCUGGAUUUGCUGAUGUUCACAGUCCACUUUACAAAAGACCCCAUGACAGUUAUGCUUAUGAAAAGCUUAAUGUGCACGAUGGUCUUUUGCUUUGGGAAGACAAAGGGUGCCCAGCCAAUAAAUUGGUCGUCGGUGUACCUUUCUAUGGUCGUACGUUCACCCUUGCACGUGGUAACACGAAUUAUAAUCCAGGAACGUACAUAAACAAGGAAGCAGGUGGUGGUGAUCCUGGUCCAUACACACAAGCUAGAGGAUUCUUGGCAUAUUAUGAGAUCUGCAAAGAAGUCAAUGAUCCAAAGUCUGGCUGGACUAAGAAAUACGACUCCAUUGGCAAAGUACCUUAUACUUACAAAGAAACACAGUGGGUUGGUUACGAAGAUCCCGACAGUGUUAAAAUCAAAAUGGACUUUAUUAAAGAACAAAGCUAUGCCGGUGCCAUGAUUUGGGCUAUCGAUAUGGACGAUUUUAAUGGUCUCUGCGGAGAAAAGAAUCCUCUCAUGAAAGUCGUUUACGAUGGCUUGAAAGAUUACAAAGUUCCUAAAAAAGAUCAUCAAACUACGCUUACGCCGGAAUGGGCAAGGCCACCAAGUACAACAUCUUCCCCGUCGAAUAAACCUGAGACGACAAGAGAUACCGAGGAAACUACUAGGCCAACUGUACCAACAGGAAAACCAAGUUCUAAACCCACCUCCACUUCUAAACCACCAUCACCGCCGGUUGAUGAUGAUGAGAAAGUUGUUUGCGAAGGCGAAGAAUAUCUUCCUUCGAAAAAUUGUGCCGUGUAUUACCGAUGCGUUUUUGGAAUUCCUCGAAAGUAUCAAUGCCAGGAUGGUCUGGUCUACGACACUAAAAUGCAUGUUUGCGUUUGGCCUCAAACUGCCGAUCGAGAGGAAUGCAGAACUAAAUGAAAAAAUCAACGAUAACAUGCUACAAACGUGAACAACAAGUUUUAUAUAUCUUUAAUAUAGAAGAAG